UUUUGUUUUGGCUGGCGCGUGCGCAGAAGGCAGAACACGUGGUUUCCUGGGUCCGCCCCUUGAUUUAGCGGCCGCUCCUCUCCGGGUGCGGUUGUGGUGUCGGCUGUUUUGGGAGAGCUCUGAAGCGGAGCUGUUAGAUGUGACCCUUGUUUUCUUUAUUUUAUACUUUGUUUCAGGCAUACGUUGAUUUGGUCUUUGGAAUUAGAUGGGGUGGAGAGGAAUCUAAAGAAUUAUUAAGGAAUGGUGUUGCCAAGUUUGUGUUGCUUCUAGGUGUUCUGAAGGGACCGACGUUGCUGGAAAAUUUGAGGAUAUGUGGUGAUUGGUAGCCAGAAAUACAAAGCUGUUUUCUAGUCAUUAAAGAAGAGGCUAGCUUUGCAUACAAGAGGGAAGGCACUGGAUGGACCCUCUUGUAAUGCUUUCUUAACUUCGAGAGAAUUAGUGUUUGUUUGGUUCCCUGCCCGGCAGAUCCACUCCACCCUUUACCUCGGAUCAGCUGUGAGGCGCGGCGCGGGGAGGUGGGGGGUUUUGGCGAUUUCUUCUUAUUUUUUUUAACUGAGGGAAGCACAUUCCCUUUUGAUUCCCCAAACUUUAGUCAGCUGGUGAGGUUUAAGAGGGUAACUUAUUUCGUCUUAACUCAGUUUGCUUAACUUGGUGCUGAGUUUGGGUCGGUAGGAAUGUUUUUAAAAUGCAGGAUUGGGGUAGUUUUGUUACCUACCAAUUAAACGUAAGAGAUAUUUACCAGUACUGCAGACAAAACUGGCGGUGUUUUUUGACUAGGUAAAAGAGGCUUUAAAAAUAAUUCAAUAUUGGAGAAAAACUUGGUAUUCUGGAAUGUAGAUUACUUGAGAAAGAGGUUUAGCGUCGAGUGGUUUCUGCUGUUUCCAGAUUUUAACUAGCUGUUUCCUUGGGCAAGUCACAACCCCUCUGAUCUCAAUGUUUGUUUCGUCUUGCAGAUAGUUUCAUAAUACUAUCCCUGCUUUAAGAGAUUGUUAUGAUAAUUAAAUACCUUCUGUUAGUAAAAAUCUUCACCAAGCAUUACAAAUACAGAAAUUGCUAAGGAAUACGGUUUUAUAGCAAAAGUCAGUUGUUGUUUUUUUAAUCCAGCAUACUGGAAGAGUAUAAACGGUGAAUGAAUCAUGAAAUAGGAUAUAUUUGAAUAUCUUUAAUAUCUGUUGUAACUAUUAUUUUUGAUUCUUCUCCACUUUCCUCCUAUUUACUCAGAUCAGUGUCAAGGUUGCCACCAUUUUUCUGUAGUUUUAACCUAGGUGAUCAUUAUUUCUCUUCCCCAGCCCUUCUAGAGUUUCACAUGAUUUUUUAAAAAUCCAGGCCAGUUCUAUCACAUUUAUUUUUUACAUUUAUUUUUUGUGCGUCAUACGUGCCAUUUCUAAAUAGCAAUUGCUUACUUAAUCUUAUUAUAAAAUAAUUUGGAAAAUAAAGAUGAGUGCAACUAAGAAAAAUACAAUUUGUGUUUCUCUCUAUGCCUAUUUGUGUAUUUUCCCUAUAACUGGGUUCAUGUGUUAUUUUCAUUUAACUCUACCUGGUAAACGUUCCAAUGUCAUUAGUCUUUGAAAAGUUAUUUUUAGUUGCUUAAAAUUAUAUCAUGUAACUAUCAUAUUUAAAAUUUUUCCUAUUGGCAGAUGUUUGGGAUGUUUCUGAUGUUUUGCUAAAGUGUAAACUUCACUACAGAGAAUCACCUUUUACAUAAAUCUUUGAAAAAAUUUUCCCCCUUAGGUUUGUAAAAGAGAAAUUACUAGGUCAGAGUCUGUGUGUGUGUGUGUGUGUGUGUGUGUUUAAGGCUCUUGAACAUCACCAAACUACCUUCCAGAAUGUUGUAACUAGUAUGACACAGUGUAUCUAGUGUAUGAGCCAACCUCACAUUAUAUCUUUUUUCCUCUUCUAGUUACUAUUAGUAUUGAAACAAAAAAUCUUGCUUUAAUUUGCAUUAAAUUUUUUUUCCACUGAUGUCUUGUGACCCAUAUAUUUUAUUUUCCUAACUUGUAAGCUGCUGGAAGGAGAAGAGUGUAUUUCAUAUUUGACAUGCUGCUAAUCACAAAUCCUAUAAGUCCAAGAAUUCUCAAGCAUGUUUUUCAAGGUUUCCAGUAAUUAUCUGCAGGAUUCGCCAUGACCCCAGCUCUGAGGGAGGCAGCAACAAAGGGUAUCUGCUUUUCAUCUUUACCAAGUACCAUGGAGUCUGACAAGAUGCUAUGCAUGGAAAGUCCAAGAACUGUAGAUGAAAAGUUAAAGGAAGACACUUUGUCUCAGAUGCUGGGAUUUCCAACUCCUGAACCUACUCUUAACACUAAUUUUGUGAAUUUAAAACAUUUUGGCUCCUCUCAGUCGUCAAAGCAUUAUCAGACGGUUCUUUUAAUGAGUUCAAAUUCUACAUUAAAUAAAUACAAUGAAAAUUACAAACAAAGGAAAUUAGGGGAACCUAACUGCAGUAAGCUGAAAAACAUACUGUGUAAUGGCAGCAACAUUCAGCUUAGUAAAAUCUGUCAUUCUCAUUCUGAAGAGUUCAUCAAAAAGGAACCUCUGUCAGAUACCACAAGCCAGUGCAUGACAGAUGUACAAAUUAUUUUGGAUUCAAAUACAACCAAAGACAUUAAUGUAGAUAAAGUACAACUACAAAACUGUAAAUGGUACCAAAAGAAUGCACUUUUGGAUAAAGUUACUGAUGCUGAAGUUAAAAAAGGUUUAUUGCACUGUGCUCAAAAGAAAAGUGGGCCUGGCCAUUCAAAUGUGCCUGUUGGUUUCUCAGCUGCUGAAAAAGAGGAAGAAGUGAAUGCUCGUUUACUUCAUUGUGUAAGUAAACAGAAAAUUUUACUUAGCCAGGCUAGGAGAACUCAGAAACAUUUGCAGAUGCUCCUGGCAAAGCAUGUUGUUAAGCACUACGGUCAACAAAUGAAAUUUUCUAUGAAACAUCAACUCCCCCAAAUGAAGAUCUUUCAUGAACCUACCACAAUUUUGGAUAGCAGUUUACCUAAAUGCACUGAAAUUAAGCCAGAAGUCAACAUGUUGACUGCAGAGAAUAAAUUGUGGAGUGAUACAAAAAAUGGCUUUGCACGGUGUACAGCUGCGGAAAUCCAAAGAUUUGCACUGUCCGCUACAGGGCUGUUGUCUCAUGUUGAAGAAGGUCUGGAUUCUGAUGCAACUGAUAGCAGCUCUGAUGAUGAUUUGGAUGAAUAUACCAUUAGAAAAAAUGUGGCAGUUAACUGUAGUACUGAAUGGAAGUGGCUUGUAGACAGAGCAAGAGUUGGCAGCCGAUGGACAUGGCUUCAAGCCCAGAUUUCAGAGCUAGAAUACAAAAUCCAACAGCUAACGGAUGUUCACAGGCAGAUUCGUGCCUCCAAGGGGAUAGUGAUCCUAGAAGAAUGUCAGCUUCCAAAAGACAUUCUGAAAAAACAAAUACAAUUUGCUGACCAAGCGGCUUCAUUAAAUACGACAGGGAAUCCCCAGAUUCCCCAAGAGAGUCAAGAUCCUUUACCAGAACAAGAUUUUGAAAUGUCACCAAGUAGUCCUACACUUCUUCUUCGCAACAUAGAAAAACAGAGUGCACAGUUGACGGAAAUCAUCAACAGUCUGAUUGCCCCUCUCAACUUGUCCCCAACUUCAUCACCCCUAUCCUCCAAAUCCUGUAGCCAUAAAUGUCUAGCGAAUGGCAUUUCCAGGAGUGCUUCAGAGAAUUUAGAUGAGCUCUCUUCCUCCAGUAGCUGGUUACUUAACCAGAAGCACAGUAAGAAAAGGAGAAAAGACAGGACAAGAUUGAAAUCUCCAUCCUUGACUAUCAUGAGUACAGCAGCUCGAACAAGGCCACUUCAGAGUUUCCACAAACGAAAACUCUACCGAUUGAGCCCUACUUUUUAUUGGACUCCACAGCCUCCCAGGCUUCACUUUCUCCGCAGGGAACAAAAAGGCCUUUUCCUAGAUGCCCCUCACUUGUCUCCAAAAUUAUUUAGGAUAGUUUCAAAUUGGCUAAUGGGUUUCCUGGAGUUGGAAAAAUUUCAAGAAAAAAAUAAUUAUAUGACUUUGCCUUCAAAAGAAACAACAUUUUUAAAUACGACGCAAAUGCCUUGUAUGCAAUCAGCUUCAACCUGGAGUAGCUGUGAACACAAUUCAAAAUCUCAGAUAUUAAGAGAGCAUGUAUCAGAAUUGGACUCUUCUUUCCAUUCUGUCCUAUCAUUGCCAUCAGAUGUGCCUCUUCAUUUUCACUUUGAAACAUUGCUAAAAAAGACUGAAAUAAAAGGAGAUCUUGCUGAAAAUAAAUUAGUAGGAGACUGUGUCAUAUCUCCAUCACCUGUACAUAAUACUUCUCUGAAUCAAUGGAGAAAUGGAUAUUCUCCUACAUGCAAGCCUCAGAUAAGGUCAGAAUCUUCUGUACAGCUGUUCCAGGGAAGAAAGAAAAGACACUUGAGUGAAACAGCAUUAGGAGAAAGAACUAGAUUUGAAGAAUUUGCUUUUCAACGCACAGAACCAGGAUCCCAUAGCAAUUUUACUGCUGUUACUAAUGUCAAUGUUAUAUCAAGAACCCAGAAUUCAUCAUCACAAAAUACUGCACGACGGAGAUUGAGAAGCGAGAGCUCUUAUGACAUAGAUAAUAUCGUGAUUCCCAUGUCAUUAGUUGCCCCAGCUAAGUUGGAGAAACUCCAAUAUAAGGAAAUACUUACUCCAAGCUGGAGAAUGGCUGUUCUUCAGCCUCUGGAUGAAUAUAACGUAGGUGAAGAGGUAGAAGAUCUUUCUGAUGAAGUCUUCUCCCUAAGACACAAAAAAUAUGAAGAGAGAGAGCAAGCCAGAUGGUCACUAUGGGAACAAAGCAAGUGGCACAGAAGAAACAGCAGAGCUUACAGUAGAAACGUUGAAGGACAGGACUUGCUCUUGAAAGAAUACCCUAACGACCUUGGUGGUGGUCAGCACUGUGCUGCUGAGAGUCCUGCCGAGCCUUGUCCGCAGAGCCAGGAUCUGGGCCCACGGGGCUCACCUUCCUUAAAUCAAAGUCAAGAACUCAAAUCUUUGUGGUGGGAACGACGGACUUUUCCGCUGAAGGAUGAAGACACAGAAGCCUUACUAUGUCAAGAUGAAAAAAAGGAUCAUAGUGAAAGUUCAAGCCCCGUUUUCCGUGAAGUCUUCUGUACUAGUGCACCAGAAAACGGUCACCAUCCAAAAAGGCAGACAGAUGAAAUGGAAGAAUGCAAACCUUUUGGUCUAGGACUUACUCAUGUUAAAAAAAACAGGUGACAGGGAAAGGUUAAAAAAGUAUGUAACUGAAUGGAAAGCAGGAGGAAAAAAUAAGCCCUGUUCUCCAUCCCCCACCCCCUCAGCCACAAUUCCAGAGUAAGAGCAUGUACUGCAUGUAUUAAUCUUUUAUGCUGUUUUAAAACAGGCAAGGUAGGUCUCUUUUUCCUUGAACCACAGGAAUAACUAGCUUUUCACCUACAGACAAGUGCUAGUCAUUUGUGUUUAUGAUGCAAAUCACAAGCACCAGAAAAUUAACUGCUGCAAGCUGAUGUUAAAUCAUAUUACUGGGUAAAUAAUUUUUAAAAGACUUCAUACCCACACAUACAUAUGUACACACACAGAAACACCUGUGCAUCAAUGAUCGCUCUUUUUCCUAUACAUUUCUAUGUAAUUUCUACGGUAAUUCAUUAAAAUUGCCUCAAAUAUAUGCCUUUGUAUGUGGGAAUAUACAAAUAUGUGUGUAUAGAGUAUAUAUACAUACAUGUACACACACGUAGUUUUAAAAAACACUGGCAGUGACCACUCCACUUGAAAUGCAUGGAUGAAUUAUCCCAUGGAAUGUAAGCUGCACUGUAAAGCACAGGUUCCCAGUGACUAUGGAGAUUUUAAACAUGUUUAACCAAUAGAAGUUAUAUAUGGAAAUUUCUAUACCAGAUAACACAAUAUGCCUUUAUUUGAAAUCACUGUUAUCUGUUGGACUAAAUUCAGAUUAUCUUCUAUUCACUCCUAACAGAUUAAGACAAGCAAAGCAGAGUUAAAUAUUGGUCUAAUUUUAAAACUUGAGUUUUAUCUAUCCUAUGUAUCUCAUAAAGAGAAGACCCCAAGUGAAAAUGAGCAACAAAUAGGAAAGUAAAAAAUGUUGUAUUUCUAGUUAAUUUGGUCAUUCCUUACCAUUAGCUUACUCUAUCCAAACAAGCAUCUAUUCUCAUGUGUAUGCUAAAGUGAGAAAUUUUUUUAAAGGCUAGUGCUUCAGUACUGAAUACAGGAGUAUACAUUAAAGAAACUUCUUGAAGCUAUUACAUAAUUUUUUCUAUAUAAAAGUUGAGGAAAAUUGAUGAAUUGCUUUCUCUCAUGUAAAAAAAAAAGGUUAUUCAAGUUAUAGUCCCCAUAUAACUGACAAUCCUGGCCACCUGGCCUAGUCUGGGGGACUGACACCAAGUUUUUGUUAGGGAUGGGGAAUUCUACUAGUCCCUUUAAAGAAGGAAAAAAAUUCAAAUUCAAAACUGACAAAUUUUUGCUUGUAGUUUUACUGUACAUUUAUUUUUAAAAAAGAAAACAAAAGCCAGACAAACCCAAGUUGUCUAGGCAAAUAAGCUCAAAUCUUUUUGUCAUGUCUGACAUUAUAAUCUUCUAUGUAAGUUUUUUAAUUAAAGUUAUUUCUAUAUGC